AUGGAGGCGCCGCCACCCGGCUGGGUUCCGCCCUCGGCGCUACGACGUGCCCGUCCCCAGGCUUUGGAGACGACUGCGGAUACGAACAAGUCCCUGCUUCAGACGAUGUUUCCUGGCUUUGCCUUUGACACAGUCCUGGUGGCACUGUCGGCGGUUGAGUUGGCAACCUACGGGGCAUUGAUCUGCUUCUUGCCCACAGUAGGCCAGGGCUACCCCACACUCUGUGGACUCUACAGCUGGGGUGCCGCCUAUGCGCCUCAGAUCGCCUCGGGCGCCCUUUGGCGUCUGUUGGCGCCGACUUUUCUGCAUGCUAGCUUCUCGCACGUGCUGACAAACGUGAUCUUUCAGCUGCGCUUGGGCUUCUCAGUUGAGGAGUCGCUGGGGCACUGGCGCUUUGCUGUGCUUUACUUCACUACUGGCGCCUUUGGCAGCCUGAUGUCGGCUGCGAUGACUCCCCAGACCGUUGCGGUAGGUGCUUCGACCAGUGCGCUCGGCCUGCUGGGCGCCCUAUUGGCACGUGCAUACCUGGGCGAAACAGCGCAGAGCCACGGCUUGGCUGUGUCCAGCAUUGCCAUCCUCAUUCUGGUGAACAGCGGUCCCCAGGCGGAUGUGUUUGGUCACCUGGGAGGUCUACUUGCAGGAUUCCUGCUCUACAUAGUCCUCCACAAAGGCGAGACAAGUCCUGGACACCUCCGAGGCACUGCCUUGGCGGCUCUGGCCACAUUUACCCUAAUUGGAAGCGUUGAGCUCCACAAGCUUGCGGGUAUGACGCCCGAGGCUCUGGGGAUGAUGUCUCGAUGUCCGGGCAUGCUCACGAACGUUGCAACCGGAGCUGCCAAAGUCGGAAGUGCAAUGCAGUGA